AUGAGUGGAAAGACGCAUCAGGCUGUAAAUGAUAUGUAUGCCAAAUCUAUUGACGGAGUGCCAUUCAUGAUGUAUUCGACGUUGGCGAUUGUAGUGAUUGUGAUGUCUGUAUAUGUUUCACAAUCGUUGGUUAUUUUCAGCCUGAUCCCAAUGUAUAUGGCCAUGUCUAUUGGAUCGAAGACACCUUUGAUUACUUUGAUUGUGAUUCUAAGUUUGCUUGCGGUGCUUGCGCUGUUGAUUUUGACCAAGAAAUCAAUACAAUAA